UCGGAAGAUCAGCUAGAGGUGAAACAAAACGCACCUGACUAGCAAGCUUAUCGAAUUAGCUGCUUCUUAAGCGAAUUACUCCUCAACUACAUGCAAUUUUCCUCCAGCGCAUUUUUCAAAUGUGAAGCAAUUCACUCGCAUUGUCGCGAACUAAUAGAUUAUUCCAACAAGUCUAUCUGUGCUAGCUGUUGAUAUUUUCGUUUGUGUCGAUUCUGCUGAAACCAGAAUGCACCGUUUAAUAUUUACGUUCAAUCUAUUGGUGCUGUAUUGCUUGUGGUACCUCGACAAUCUUUUCCGGAAAACUAGUCAGGUAAAACUGCAAACGCCAAAUCCAGUUUACGGCAAGAAUGUAAUCCCAGUAGGUGACACCAAGGGACAACAAUACAUGAGAUUCAGCAACGUUACUUUCAUCGGUCGUCCAAGAAAAAUUCUAUACUCCACUUAUAUAUAUGAACACAUCGAUCCCAAUAAGGAUAAUUUUAUACUCAGACCCAUUGGUGAAGAGCCAAAAUUUGGCUAUCCUGAAUCAGUGAAAACUGGAAUAUUCUGUACCAACAAAAAAGACUACACGAAGCUAUGGUUGGAAUCGUUGGCGUCAAUACAGGAAGAAUAACUCUUUGAAAUAACAAAUAUUCAUCCCUAGAUUUGGUAAACUUGUACCUUACUACUUGUACCCUAUUUAUUUUUCUCUGCAAAACUCCUUGUAGACGUGAAUAGAGGAAAAAUAUAGUAAUCAGAAUAUAAUCAUCGACAAUAUCAAAACCAUACGAAUCAAUCG